AUGAUGAGAGCUUGUGUUAGACCGUUCGGUCUGAGGUUCAGCAGUUCUGAAGUCGGGGCUAACAUCCAUGAAGUCACAACAUCUGCUUUUAAUGUUAAAACUAGUGUGAAGGCACAGAUGAAGCUGACUGAACGUUUAGGUAUGGUUUAUCGGUUAUUUCUCUUGAUUUAACCAAACAUUUAUGGAUAUUUUGAUAUACAUUUUGUCAAGCUAAAGGUCUUUUUAAAGCUCACAACAUGUUAAUGGAGUUAUAAUUUUUAAAGCAGUUUUUUUGUGGUAAAUUUGAUAUUAUUGUAGAUGUACCAGCAAAGAAAGCGCAAAGGCUAUACAGUUUGCCAAAGGAAGCAAUCAAUGGGUUGUACAAAGCCAUACAGAAUGUGGAGAAAGAGCCCAGGGUACUACAACAUGAUUCAGAUCAGGUGGGGCUUUUAAGUAAGGUCAAUGAAUAAAUGGCAGAAGCUGAUAGUUUUAAUUAUUGAAGGGUUUUUAAAAGCUAUAAUUUUGAAAAAAAUAAGUAGUUUCUCAUGAUUUAUUAUAUUUCUUCUAGUUUUAGUUGACUCAGAAGAUAAUUCAUCGCAAAAUGCCAGCAGAUCCAGAAGAAGUGAGGUUGGCGAGGAAAAAUGACAAUAUUAGGGCUUAUAAAUGGAAACCGACUGUCUUCAAGACACGAGAUGAGGGGUCUGGCUACGCUUUGUCACGGUAUGUUGUAACAUAUGAUGCGGUUGUUUCUAGUUCUUUUGUUUAUAAUUAGUCUAUUAUGAUAUAUAAAGCAUAUUGAUGUUAUAAGCAACGACAUGGUUUUAUGAUAAGAAAGGGUUUCAGAUUAUCCUCAAAUUAUGCUGAAGCCAAGUUUGUGCUCGAUCAAUUGGAUUCGGAUAGCUUUACUCCAGAGUCAAUACUGGAUUACGGAAGUGGAGUAGGAGGUGUAUUCUGGGCAGCCAGAGAGAAGUGGGACGAAUCUUUGAAGGAUUACUGUGCGGUCGAUCCGAAUACUACGGCCAAUCAUCUGGCUAUGGAUAUUAUGAGGGUAGGCGCACAUUUCUUUUUACUCUAUAAAGCGACUACUGUAUAAUUUUACAUUAAUGUAGUUUUAUAUAAAUCUAUAUAUCUGUUUUCACUUUCAAUUUUUUUAUAUUGGGGAGUUCAAAUAGUUAUGUGCCCCUUCUUAAUGCAAAUGUAAAGGGUUAUGUGACACAUAAUUAUUUGAACAAGCUAAUAUAUAAGAUUUCAAUUUUCUUAUAUGAACUUUGAACUUUCAGAAAGACGACAACAAGUUAAUAUCGCCGUACGUCAGUUUCCGUCGCUCCAUUAUACCAUCAACGAAACAGAAGUACGAUAUUGUAGUAGCUCAGCGUGUUCUUCCAGAAGUACCGUCUUUCAAAUCGAGAAUCGACUUGAUCUCACUGUUGUGGUCAAGAACCAACAAGUAUCUGGUACUGAUCGAAUCUAGUCUUUUGGACAGUUUCACUGCUUUAAUGGAGAUGAGGGACUUUCUACUGUUAUCUGGGUACAGAUUCAACAAGGAUAAUGUAAAACAACAGCUGGAGAGAGAGGGAAAGCUGACUCAAGACGUGCUUGAUGUACUGAACGAUCGAAGGGCGACUAUUUUUGAAAAGUACAAGCUUCUGAAGAACAAGGUCGGUUAAUGUACCCUGUGGCUCCGAAAUUUUUUUUAGAGGGCGCAGAAUUAUUUGAAAAAUCUAUUGAAGAUAAAAGAAGAUAACGUUUAGGUAGAAAGGAGGAACGGACCGGGCCUGAAAAAUGGGCUUAGCCCGCAGUGACGUCGCUACGAUUUUUUCUCUGGGGGGCGGGGGGCACCAAGAACCACCCCCCCUCCCCUUCUCCCAAACGACAUCCCUGUUGGUCCGUUCCUCAUGUCUAUGUUUAGGUAUCUUAUGUUCUAUGUAAAUUUAUGUCUGUUUAUUAAAUCAUGUUUUCAGAUCAACAUAACAACAGAGAUAGACCCAGGGUACUUGUUUGCACCAUGUCCACAUGACUCAGGCUGUCCUCAUACUACCAGCAAUGGAUAUAGGUAUGCGUGUGGAACAAAAUUGGUUAAACUUUUCAAAAUUUGAAUUUUUUAGCAUAAUGUUGUUAUAGUUAAACCAUCUUAUAUUACAGUGAAGCCUGUGCGUUUCAAGCCAAGAUACCUGAACUUAGACUUGACGGUAAAUCAAAGAGUAUUUACACUGACAGAACGUUGAGGGCCAAGUUUACCUAUAUGAUAUUCAAGAAAGGAGAGAGAGAAGUGGGACAGAAGGUGUUACCUAGGAUUGUCAAGGUACGUUUGUUAAUAAUAGUUUUAUGUUACGGAAGCUUUGAUAGUUUUCAAGAUAGAAUUGACACUUUUUAAGGUAGCUGUGUUACCAUUAAGUGUUUGGAAGUAACAAUGACAACGCUUAGUAGGUGUUAUGAAGUAGUUGUUAAAGCAAUUUUGGUCUAACGUUCAUGUUUGGAUAGUUACAGUACUAACAAGUGUGUUAAUACAAAUUCAUUUGAUAUGAUGUAUGUAAUAGUGUAAAAUAAAGUUAUUUUACAUUGUAUUACAUGUUUAAGUUAUGUUUCUUUGUAUUACAUGUUUUGUAGGUGAAUAACUGUGGAAAUCAUCAACAAUGCGAUGUUUGUACAGCUUUUAACGGACUACAACGGUUUACAGUAAGCAAAAGGCUUGGCCAUUCUUAUAACAGAAUACGAUCGUGCAAGGAAGGACAGUUAUUACCGUACAAUGUAAGUAUUGUACUAUAUUUUUAAAAAAAAGUUGAUGAUUAGAUAGGUUUUGUUUAAGUUUUCUUGGGACUAUUUUUGGGCCCUUCAUCCCUUCUAAAAGUCAGUUUCGGAGUUAAGGGGCACUGGAUUAUUUAAACAACUUGAUGUGUAGAGUUUAAAUGCUUAUUGAACUACAUAUGGCAAUACGAUAAUACAAUACUAUUGUUUCAGGAAGAGAUACUAAAGGCAGAGGAUGAGAAUGUAGACAUGAUCAACCAGAUUUACAAUCAAGAGAAGGCACAGUUCAGUAAUUGA